AUGGAAUAUCAUUUCGUCCCACAAGAAGAGCGUGCGCGCGACGAUAAAGGAAAUCUCCUCCCAUGGGGCUAUGUCUACAAAGAUGAAUCUCGCAACCCGCGCCGUCCACCUGAAGAGUCAGGACCAUUUGGCCGCAGACGAAACGCUCGCUACGACCAUGCUCGAUCUCGUACUCGCACAGGCACGCCCGCUAAGAAGGAAAACCCCAGUGUAGCUGAAUUUAGCAGACUGUUUUCACAGCAACAAGAAGAUGAACGCGCGAACAAUACUCUACCUAAGUCAUCAUCAUCGGGUACUUUGGAAGGAUCAAGGAAAGUCGUUGAAAAAGUGGCAACGGAGUGCAUUCUCUAUGGAUACAAAACCAAGGAAACAGAGUGGAAGGUUAUCGAUAAAUACGAACGUAUCUCCCAAGGCAUGAUAUGUGAGGAUUAUCCACGAAAUGACCCCGCUGUCUCCAACAAGUACUCCCAGCUCCUCAGUGGUGGUGAUGUCGUGAUUCGUUCAAAUCUCUCCGCAGACGCCAACCGCAAGUCGAAGCGAUACGCUGGUGGUCUUCACUGGAUCAAGGUCACGUUUGACUCUACAACUGCCGCCGAUCGGGCUUGCUUCUUUUCGCCUCAAGAAAUCGAUGGCCAUCUCGUUUUCUGUGAGCUGUAUCAUGGACAAGGUCCUGCUGAUGACAUUCCUAUUCCUAAAGAGUCGGCAGAAGCCACUCGCACUCGUUCCAAAGUUCACCACACCCUUACAUCCACUCACUCCACCGCCUUUCUUUCGAACAUUGAACCUGAGCGAUCGACGCUCCCUCGGUCUUUCGGUAUGGGCAAUCUUGCCAUGAUUGGAGAUACCGACGAAGGCGAUUCUCAGCUGUCGACUCCCACUGCUAGCUCAGCUACUGCCACUGCCGUAGCAGAACCCUCUUCCAUUCUUCGCCAACGCUCUGUACAGGAUACACAGUUGGAACAGAAACCAGAGUCAGAGUUCAUGACCCAUAUCCCUAAUGUUCGCCGCGCCGUGCUACGUCCUGUCAGCGAAGCCCUUCCUCCUCAACCGACGGUGACUGAACGCGGUACGUCCACCUCCCGGAAUGACCAUUCGAACAAUACCGAACCACCACACCAGCAGAGAAGAAAUACUAAUUUGAGCAGAGGCAAAGGUMCCCCCCGCCGCAAGACCAAGCGCGUCCACAAGACCUCCACCACCGACGACAAGAAACUCCAGACCACACUCAAGAAGAUGAACGUCCAACCCAUCCAAGCCAUUGAGGAAGUCAACAUGUUCAAGGAGGACGGAAACGUCAUUCACUUCUCCAACCCCAAGGUCCACGCUGCCGUCCCCUCCAACACCUUCGCCAUCUACGGCAACGGCGAAGAAAAGGAACUCACCGAACUCGUCCCCGGCAUCCUCAACCAGCUCGGCCCCGACAGCCUUGCCUCUCUCCGCAAAUUAGCCGAGAGCUACCAGAGCCUACAGAAGAAGGAGGCUGGAGAGGGAAAGAAGGAUGGCGAGGAUGACGAGGAUGAGGAUGAUAUUCCGGAUUUGGUGGAGGGAGAGAACUUCGAGGGAACUGUCGAGUAA